CAGUAAAUGAUUGUACUGUUAUAGAACAUUUCGACAGGUGCAAGAAGGAUGCGUUAUUUUGCGUGGAUGCUGCUGCCGUUACUGAUUUUGGAGGUGGCUGUGGAGGCGAGAAAGCCGACUUUGUGCUACGAUAUGUUCGUGAGACCCAAACUUGCUAAUAAGCGAUGCGAUGCAGCUUGCGAGGAGAUUAAGAAUUGCUGGGGACGUUGCGAGUUUAAGAAAAGGCGCAAGCGAUGUUCAUGUGGGCGCGUGUGUGAUCGCACUAGAAUAUAGUCCUUGGAAGGAUCAACACUGAAAUUUUCGCAUAAACCUUCAGCA